ACAACCAGGAAAAGUUCUGCAUUUUUGAAAUCAGCAACAGAAGCUGUGAACAGUGCUGUCGAAGCAGCACCAGGCAAUGAAGGCUACGGUCGUGCUUAUAUGGCUGUUUCAGGGACAAAUGAAUCAGCUAGUCUUGGCAAACUGCUGGACGUCAUUGAGGGAGAAUUCUUGUAGAUUGUGUUUAGAGAACGCAUCCGCAUCCAUAUUAGGAUGCUUGCCUGGGAACCAUUGUAGUGCUGUAGUUUCCGUUGUCAGUUCCCUUCUUGUUUUGGGAGUUGGUUUAGCUACUGGACUUUAUACAUGGAAGCAGAGACAUAUACAGAAGAGAAGAAAAGGAAAAAAAUUGUUCAUUAACCCAAACACCUGCGAAGGAGUUCUACCUGAUGGAAGAGAGAGAGCAGUAAAGAGGCUAUUAUUCAACAACAGGAAUAGAGCAGCAGAAUUCUAUAAUGAAGUGAACAUAAUAAGAAGUGUGCAGCAUAAAAACCUGGUAAGGUUGCUAGGAUGUAGCUGUUCAGGACGUGAAAGUCUUCCUGUCUACGAGUUCCAGCCUAACAGGAGCCUUGAUCAUUUCAUCUUUGAGAGUUUAGUCUACCUUCAGGAAAACUGCAGGAUGAAAAUAAUUCACAGGGAUGUAAAAGCUAGCAACAUCUUACUGGAUUCAAAGCUCCAUGCAAAGAUUGCUGACUUUGGGUUGGCAAGGUCAUUCCAGGAAGAUCAAACUGACAUCAGCACAGCCAUUGCUGGAGCCCUGGGAUAUAUGGCUCCAGAGCACCUAGCUCGCGGCCAAUUAACAGAAAAAGCAGAUGUCUAUAGUUUGGGUGUGGUUUUACUGGAGAUUGUUACAGGGAAGCAAAACAACAGAAGCACAGCCUUGGAAUAUUCUGACAGCCUAGUUACAAUUGUGAGUUUCAGAAACUCCAUCUUUUCCAACUGAAGUUGAUUUGUGUUUGACUAUUUUCUCGGUUGGACAGACAUGGAUACAUUUUCAAUCGGGGGUGGCGGAAGAGCUUUAUGACCCAAAUCUAAUGUUAACACAGCUGCUGUAACGGCAAUGUGAAGAAUGAGGUUCUGAGAGUGGUAUAUAUAGGACUUCUGUGCACCCAAGAAAUCCCAAACCUAAGA